AAUGUUCAUAGUCACGCUAUUGGUAUUAAUCAAAGUCAUGACAAAAAUGGAAUUUUAAUUAUAACUGUCAGUCAAAGCUGGUUUGCGGACUAAUGCUGCAUUGCAUGGUAGUACAGGCAGUUGUAAUUUUUUGUUGUUGUAUUUCUACUGGAAAUAAUAUAUUGGUUUAUCAGUCAACUAAAUCAGUGGUAUUCUAUGUUUAAUUUGCACCAUUAAGGUGAGACUAUAUAAUGAAAUAUAAAGUGUAAUUACUUAAUAGUUGUAUAAUGAAAUUGGCAACAUUCAAACCAAGUUAACGUUUAAACUUAAUUAAUGACUAUCAGUCAUGAUGCAACUGCAGAAAACGUGGUUGAUUACUGGCGGUGAGGACAAUGUUUGGAACAUGAUUUUUUAAGCAAUGAAGGAAAUUCCUCUCGUUAUUUCCAGCGUUCGUUAAAGUUCACAGCGGUUGAAUGUUAUAUAAGCUGUGGUUAUCAGGCAGAUGCAUAUUGACUUUGCAAAAGGCAACAGAGAAUCAUGAAGAUUAUUCUGUUUAUCGCUUUUGUUGGUUGUUUUGUUCGAUUGGCUGAGUGUUCCAUUUUGAGAGUACAACCUGCAUCUAAUAGUAGUACUUGCAGUGGAGUGGUUUACAGGCAUAACUGCAUUUGGUUGCCUUACAUUACGCCAUUUGGUAUGUCGAAAAAAAGGGAAGCUGCCGAUUAUUGCUAUAGUCAAGGAGGGGGUUUGGUUGAUAUUGUAAACAAAGAAAUGUAUGAUCUUGUGUACCAUUACGCAUCCGUUUCAAUAACAACAUCCUCACCAUAUGGAACUUUUUAUGUUUGGCUUGCUAUGCUAUAUACAUCAGAGGAUCAGUUGGUUCGGCAAAGCAAUGGAGGGCCCGUGUCAUAUGUAAGAUGGCACUUACGUAGUGGAGAGGAAAGCAUCAUAUGGACUGUUGCAGAUCACAACCAUCCAAAUGUUGAAUACACUGGGUAUUGGACAAAUGAUGGAGACUAUGACAUGGGAUUUCCAUUGUGUACAAAAUAUAUGGGAUAAUGUAACAUCAUUUUACUGCUUGUAUUCAUACUUAGUUAUCAUUCAUAAAUUGUGUUAUAAACCUAAAUAACCUUUUUCAUUACAUGGAAAUUUAUGUAAAAAGUUUUAAGAAUAAAGUCAACAUUAAGCCUAAA